AUGGCAAUAACAUCUCUAGACGACACCUGCGCUUCCUUGCGCUCCCAGAUUUCAGCAACAGAAGCGUCCCUAGCUGCAUUGAAAAACGAUCUCGCUCACGCCGAACAGGCCGCCACUGCGACGCUGAGCGCCGACACCGCGGGAAACAAAGGCAAUGGCCCGACACGCUGGCCGCUGAUGCCAGACGAGUAUCGACGAUAUGGACGGCAGAUGAUAGUAUCGCAGGUUGGUUUGCAAGGCCAGCUCAAACUCCGAUCCGCCAAGGUGUUGCUCGUCGGUGCAGGCGGGCUGGGAUGUCCUGCAGCACAGUACCUGGCUGGUGCAGGGGUGGGAACGAUCGGCUUGAUUGACGGCGACACGGUCGAGGCCUCGAAUUUGCAUCGCCAAGUACUACAUCGAACUAAGAAUGUGGGGAGAUACAAGGUGGACAGCGCGAUUGAGUCUUUACGAGACUUGAAUCCGCAUCCUACGUACAUUGCGCAUCGCACCCAUCUCACACCUGCGGAAGCCCCGACUAUCUUUCGAGAGUAUGAUCUUAUCCUCGAUUGCACGGACAACCCAGCGACCCGCUACUUGAUCUCCGAUACUGCAGUACUUCUUGGCAAACCGCUCGUCUCGGCGUCUGCCCUGCGUACAGAAGGCCAGCUAAUGGUGCUGAACAAUCCCCCGCGACCUCCAGGAGACAAGACUGGAGGGCCGUGCUAUCGAUGCGUAUUUCCGAGACCACCGCCAGCUGACAGCGUGGUCAGUUGUGCAGAUGGAGGCAUUCUCGGACCAGUCGUGGGAACGAUGGGUGUCUUGCAGGCCCUGGAGGCGAUCAAGGUUAUCACUGCACCGCCCGUCGAUGCGACAAGCUCAAAGGACCCUCCGUCGCUGCAUAUCUUCUCGGCGUAUUCGUCUCCUCCCUUCCGCACCAUUCGUCUGCGCUCUCGCCGGUCUACCUGUGCAGUAUGCUCCGCCGAGGCUAGUGUCACGUUGGAUACCAUCACGUCGGGAUCCACCGACUAUGUGUUCUUCUGUGGUUCAGCGAACCUGGCCUCGCUGCUUGGUCCGACCGAGCGCAUUUCCGCGCUGGAGUAUCACGAGCGGUAUCCAGACAAUGCUCCUGCGCCCACCAUCAUUGACGUGCGGGACAAGGUCCAGUUUGAGAUCUGCAAUCUGGAAAACAGCAUCAACAUCCCGAUAUCGACCAUUCUCUCUUCUUCGACGCCGUCCAAGGCUCAAAAUGGCGACGCCGAUAACCUGAGUCAAUUGCCCCCAUGGAUUCCUUCAGAAGUCGUCAAUUCCGAUCACCCAGUAUAUGUGGUCUGUCGUCUCGGAAACGACUCGCAGAUUGCGGUCAAAAAGAUGAAAGACUUGGGACUACAUCAAGACGGACAGCGAUUCAUCGGUGAUAUCCGAGGAGGCUUUCGCGCGUGGCGAGACGAAGUAGACCCGGAUUGGCCGGAGUAUUGA